GCAGCCGCGCGGCCACCGCGAGCGAGCCCCGCGCAGGACCGCCCGAGUGCCCCGAGGAAGGCUCCCUGAGCCCGCAGGAUGCAGGCCACGGCCGAUUCCACCAAGAUGGACUGUGUGUGGAGCAACUGGAGGAGUCAGGCGAUCGACCUGCUGUACUGGCGCGACAUCAAGCAGACGGGGAUCGUGUUCGGGAGCUUCCUGCUGCUGCUCUUCUCGCUGACCCAGUUCAGCGUCGUCAGCGUCGUGGCCUACCUGGCCCUCGCCGCGCUCUCCGCCACCAUCAGUUUCCGCAUCUACAAGUCGGUCCUACAAGCCGUGCAGAAGACCGACGAGGGCCACCCUUUCAAGACCUACCUGGAGCUAGAGAUCACCCUUUCUCAGGAGCAGAUUCAGAAGUACACGGACUGCCUGCAGUUCUACGUGAACAACAUGCUGAAAGAGCUCAGGAGGCUCUUCCUCGUCCAGGACCUGGUGGAUUCCUUAAAAUUUGCAGUGCUGAUGUGGCUCCUGACGUACGUGGGCGCUCUCUUCAAUGGCCUGACCCUGCUGCUCAUGGCUGUGGUUUCAAUGUUUACUCUACCUGUAGUGUAUGUUAAACACCAGGCACAGAUUGACCAAUAUCUGGGACUUGUGAGGAAUCACAUAAAUGCGAUUGUGGCAAAGAUUCAGGCUAAAAUCCCGGGCGCAAAAAGGCACACCGAGUAAACGGAUAUCCCCUGGGCUCUGGACGCUAAGAGGAAUGUCUGCAGCAGUGACAGCGCUGUUUCACUUGGUACUGCACAUUAAUUGUCCCUCUCCGCUCCCCCACCCCCCAGUACCAUCAUUUUAGAGACAAACUGUAAAACAGCUGUUUUUAGGCUGUUUCUGUGCCCUUAGGAUAUUUGAGUCAUUUGUGUCAAGCACUAAAGUAUAGAGACAAGUGUAUUAGAUGUGGUUUUUAUUUUGUGUUGCUUAAAAAAAAAAGGUGCAUGAUGGUGAGAGCCCAAGACCCCCCCUCCUCCUUUGGUGUUCUUCUCCUUCUCUGCGAUGCUUCUGUAGCUUCUAACGUUCCCUGUGCUAGGCUUUUCCUGAGUGCAUUGAUGCAAUAGUGGAAAUUGCUUCUAUGUCUCUGGGUUGCUGGUUGGAUUACUCUUUAAUAACAAUAUAUAUAGACUUGUAGGCUGAUGUUCUAGUGUUUUUCCAACACACACGGUGUAAAAGUAAAAACCAUCGCCCGUACUCAUGGUUAUCAGUUUUGUAUAACUUAAAUAAAGAAUGAAAUCAAUUAACAAACCACAAACAGACACACAGUACUUCUGUCGUAUGGGAGCGACAGGCUGGCUGACAUGUAUGGUGACUGAAAGCGUGCCAGCACGUUAACUUUAUUACGAUGUGUAUUACUUUCUCUGUAGUUCCUAAUGGACUAAAUCAUGGACUCUGGAUAUUUGCACUUAUGUACUUGAUACUGAAUGCAUAAAUAAAUGUCACUAAAUGUA